UUGGCUGGAAAGGUGGAAUUAAUUUCUUAAAAGUUAAUUUAUUAAUAUUAAGGUUUAAUUGUGUUAGUUAUGUCCGAAAAGCCUCUCCAUAGUGCAGUUAAAAACCCCGUUACUCUGAUAGUUGGUGAUCAAAAGUCCGAAUUUAAUUCUGGAUGCAGAGUAAUAGAUAUUACAUUCCCCAAUGUUCUACAUCCUGAGGAUCCAGCAUCCUCUGAGGAUACUGCAGACAAGGUGGGAGAGAUUCGAUUCAAGAAUUACUAUGUAGCUUUGCUUACUAUUCGAGCAAAGUUUCGUGUCAUUCAGGCAAAUGGGGAACAAGGUGACCUCAAGUGGCGUACAUGUGUGCGUAACAUGAAGCUGAUGCCCAAACCUCACACAGAGGCAGGAUCGCAGGAUUAUUUCUGUCUCACUAGAAAACAUUUUUUGUUUGAGCUUGUGAAUGUGAUAUCUCUUCGACUAAUUCUUCAACAACCGUCCCCAGUCUGGAAAGAGUUCAAACUGGAAGAUAUCAAAAUCUUCCGCACCAUGACAACUCCGAAAGGUACCCCUCUACCAGCAUGGCUGACAGAAGAGCUGACAGAAAAACCAGAUAAAAAGCUAGAGUCUUCAGCCUUAGCAUCAUCCAUGCUGAGCAAACAAUUUCAGAGUGGGGGUGUUCCAGACUUGGACUCACUGUCUGCUAACUUACAAGAGUUGUGGGCCAUGACUGAAGAGGUUGCAGGCAACCAAACCAAUGUUCGACUGGGACGAUAUGAGGUUGAUGGAUGCUAUGAAAUCAACUUAUUGUCCUAUACGUGAUAGAAAACUGUGCUCAACAGAUUUGAACAAAUUGUGAUGGCAUGUGUGUGGCACACAAGUGAAAAAAAGGCUGUGUUUAGGGCAUCAACCUUUGUGGUCUUUUCACCAAACUACAUUCAGCCAUUAUGGUUUUUGUGACCGAACUAUUAAGAGUUUAGUCUUGGUGUCAUCGUGUUCUACUUUUUGGCAUCUCUGAUGAUUCAUGUUUUGAUACACUGGCUAUGUAUAUGAGGUAAAAAAGACAUUGGACCGUGUCAAGAUUUGAACCCUGGACAACUCACACCUGAACCAUGAAUCAUACUCUUGAACCACUGAGCCAUAUUGUUAAUGUUCACAAUAGUCAUCUUGGAUUCUGGGAUUUGCACCAUUCUAUCAAUAUAAAAGAUCCCUUGCUGCCUGUCUCCCCAUAACACAAGUACACUGGUGGGUGUUCCCUCCCCAAGUAUAAAAUCCUGGGUAUGCCAAUGUCUGAUGGCCUCAAAUAAAAGAAAGGGGCGGGACAUAGCCUAGUCGUAAAGCACUUGCUUAAUGCGAGGUCGGUUUGGGAUCGAUCUGCAUCAGUGGGCCCAUUGGGCUAUUUCUCGUUCCAGCCAGUGCACCAUGACUGGUACAUC